CGCCUUUUGUUUGAACUUUUUGAUGGUAAGGGCCUUUGAGAUUUCAUAGUCUGUAAGGGCUACUGGAGGCGUGCGCUGUUGCCACAUCACAAAUUCGCUGCUAGUUUCACCAUCGCAACCCGUUUCGCUCAUUCGCUGUUGUCCGCUGACCGCGACCAUUUUCAAAUCUGUGGAUUUCAUGAAAACAAAAAAGAAAAACAAAUGUUGAGUAAUAAAUUAUGUAUUCAAAUUAAAAGUAAAUGAAAUGUCUUCUCAAAGAUAUAGGAAAAAUAUUAGGAAGGGGAUUCCAGCAACUAGCACUCCAUAUGGACGUUUAUCUCCUAAUAAAAGCAAUAAAAGUAUCAGUCCAAUUUUAAUCCACAAACAACAAGCGAGCGAUUUGGAAUCUGAUAGCAGUAGUUCGAGUAGUGACUCAUUAUCAGCACCCAGAAUAGACAGAAAUUUUGAAUGUGAAAGUUUACCUAGAAAGAACAUUAACAUUAAUAAAUCACAGUCUAAUUUAAAAGUGGAUACAAAAUACAUGCCCACGGUUGCUCUGUGCUUCGUAAUUGUGGUUGGUGUAUUUACGAUUACCUAUGCAGCCAUGUCAAGUAAUAAUAAGGAAUGCACUUUUAUCUCAAUAGAAGAAAUUCAAGAAAAAUUUCCAUCUCAACCGCAAAGUACAUUUAAUGCGAUUGUUAGUGGAGUUAGUGAGAUCAAGGCGUUUAAUAAGCCCUCAAUAUUCUUAUUCCUAUACGACAGUGACACACGACAGACUAUAAAUGAUUUAACAUUAGCCAUAGCUGAUUAUGCAUCCGGUAUUUUAAAUGAUGAUUGCACUUCCAAUCCAAUUAUACUAACCAGUUCCGCUCUAAGUACGAAAACCGAUUAUGGUACCAUCAUCUCCACUUACAAACCGGAUCUUGAAGAAAGGAAAGUAAUGAUUGUAAAAAAUUUAAAUCAAAUUCCAGGAACUAAUGCGCAAGCUUUUCAUAGCAUUUGCGAUGAGUACUCCCCAUUAGUUCCAAAAAGUUUAAUAAUGUUUACAGUUGAAGUCAAGAAGUCAAAUAAAAAGUACAAAUCAGACUAUGAACAUGUGGAAGAGAUUCUAAAGGAAAGUUGGUCAGAUUUAGAUGAUGAUAUAUUUUAUCCAUUAUUUACAAGAAUUACUAGUAUGGUAUUGAAAGUUCAACCGACAAAUACUGAAAAUGUUAUUGCUACUUAAUCAUAAUUAUGUUAGUAGUUCUUUUUUUAUUAUCAAUAAAUGAUAUUAGAUCUUAAA